AUGUCCAGUCAAGAUGAGCUGGAUACCACUGCUACAAAGGAAUCAAAGGAUUCCUUUUCCAAGUCGGCGUCUGGGGCUUCAUUUCUGAUGCUGACUCAACUUUCUUCCAAACUUUGCACAUUUUUCAUCAACCAACUGCUCAUGUCCUAUAUUUCAGCACGUAUCCUGGGUGCAACGAGCUACAUUGACUUUUUAGUGGCGACUUCCCUUUUUUUCAGCAGAGAAGCUGUUCGUCUGUCUUGCCAGAGAAUCAAAUUGCCAAAGGGGAAAGCAUACCAGGCAAUUUUUAACCUGUCUUUGAUCCCGUUGGUUAUUGGUGUGCCAUUUUCUUCGAUCUUGAUUUACACGCAGUUUAUAAGACAGCAAAACGCUGCUGUUUUGCAAUCACCUUUAUUUAGGUAUUCUGUCGGCUUUAUGUGGCUAUCCGUGAUUAUAGAGCUGUUGAGUGAACCAUUGUACAACAUCAACCAAUAUGAUCUGGACAUUAAGACACGAUCCAAAAUUGAAAGUUUCGCAAAUGUAUUCAAGUGCCUGAGCCAAUUGGGAAUGAUUGUAUGGUUUGAACAUAAGUUUAAAGGAAUGUCAGUAGAUAAAGCCAAUCCUGAUUAUUUCAUUUUUUCGUAUUGUGUCAGUCUGUUCAUAUACGGAGGUUCGAUAUUGAGUUUGUACCUGCACUUUUUCUUUAAGUCAUCCGCAAGAUCGCAAAUCAGAUUCAAGUUGACUAAAAUAGAUGAUUGGUAUUUUGAGCCAAGAUCUAUUAGCUAUUGGAAGAACAUUUUUGUUCAAAUUUUUUUCAAGCAUGUUUUAACUGAAGGUGACAAGUUUAUAGUCAAUUAUCUUUGUUCUCCAGAAGAGCAGGGAAUAUUUGCACUUGUCAACAAUUAUGGGUCGUUAAUCACCAGAAUGGUCUUUGCUCCGAUUGAAGAGUCACUAAGACUAUACUUCACCAAGCUCAUAUCCCAAGAUUCAUCCCCAAAGACUUAUCGCCAAGUUUGCACAGUACUUAAAAACAUACUCGUAUUCUACAAGUACCUUUCUCUAUUCAUUGUGAUAUUUGUGCCAUUCAAUUCAAAGUUUGUGUUUUCUAUGUUGUUGGGAAACGACUGGGCCUCGUCUACGGAUGCCUUCAAAGUUUAUUGGAUCUACAUUCCCUUUUUGGCAGUCAACGGAGUAACCGAAGCUACAUUCUACUCCACCGUUGAAGAUGCCGCUCGUUUGUUCAGUUACUCCAAGUACAUGGUAAUGUGCUCCAUUGCUUUCAUCGCUUCGGCGACUCUACUGAUCAGGGGAACUGGGCUCUCAGUAGUCGGCCUAAUAAUUGCCAAUUGCGUCAACAUGCUUUUGCGCAUUAUUUACUGUUCCAACUUGAUUAAUACGAUGGACAGUUCCUUUAAACUGCAUAUUGACUCUUCUGCCAUUCAGACCAUCCUUGUAGGCAUUUCAGUGGCAUCAUUGCAUUAUUUCAUCACUGGUAGUAACACAGAAAAUUUUGUACAAUUUUUCUACAGCGCGUCGUUGGCAUGUUUAACGUUACUGUUAGUUAUCUUCAAAGAAAGGUCCUUAUUGUCAAACUUAUUCCACCAAGUUUGGAAAUCAAAAAUCAAAUCGUCAUAA